CCCUCUUCUCUGCGCUCUUUGUCUUCUUUCACUUAUCCCCUCUUCAGAUAUCUUCCUGGAUCUCGAUGCUUACUUGUCUAUAAUCUACAGUCCUCUUGCAAGCUUUGCGUCAAGCAACAGCACCUUUAUGAAAACUCCAUGAAUCUUAUCUAACCAGUCUAUAGAUAGAUUAGGUCACAUCACUAUAAACACAAUGACCCAUCCUCAAGACGAGGCCCAGCAUUUCUCUCUCACCGAUCCCGAAAGAUUCUGGGGUCAUCAAGCUGAACAGCUUCACUGGCACAGAAAGCCUUCUGCGGUUCUGAAACGCACGACUAAAGAUCUGAAAUCGGGUACCUCUCACAGUCAUUGGGAAUGGUUCCCAGACGGCGAGAUAUCCACCUGCUAUAACUGCCUUGACCGUCAUGUCCUAGCUGGGCAUGGAGAUCAGCCCGCCAUUCUGUACGACAGUUCGGUCACGAACACCAAGCAGCGUUUGACCUACAAGCAGCUUCUUGCCGAGGUCGAAACUUUUGCCGGGGUCCUUCGAGAGGAAGGCGUCAAGAAGGGAGAUGUUGUUUUAGUUUACAUGCCCAUGGUGCCCGCCACUUUGAUCGGCAUUCUCACCAUCAACCGCUUGGGUGCCAUCCACGCUGUUGUCUUUGGUGGCUUUGCUUCCACAGCCCUGGCUCAGCGCAUUGAAGCCUCACGUCCAGUCGCCAUCUUGACAGCUUCUUGUGGUAUCGAAGGUAACAAAGGGCCUAUCAGUUACCGCGCCUAUAUCGAAGAAGCUAUCAGCAUCUCAUCCUUCAAACCCCCCAAGACCAUCAUCUGGCAGCGUGAGCAGCUAGUGUGGCGUCCAGUCAAGAAAACUGAGGGCGAGCGGGAUUGGCAGAAGCUGGUCAAGAGCGCGCGGUUCAGAAAUAUCAAGGUUGACUGUGUUCCUGUAAGGUCGGCUGAUCCCAUUUACAUCAUCUACACCAGCGGAACCACAGGUCGACCUAAAGGUGUCGUGCGCGAUAGCGGCGGUCAUGCUGUUGGGCUGCAUAUGUCGAUUUCGUAUCUGUUCGGUAUACAUGGACCAGGUGACGUGAUGGGCUGUUUCAGUGACAUAGGCUGGGUAGUUUCACACAGCUACACACUUUAUGGUCCCCUACUGACAGGCGCCGCCACGGUCCUCUACGAAGGUAAGCCUGUUGGAACACCCGACGCCUCGGCUUUCUGGAGACUAGCCGAGGAAUACAAGAUCAACACCUUGUUCACCGCACCAACGGCACUCAGAGCCAUCCGAAAGGAAGACCCUGACAAUGUCUUUAUCACCGAGAUUGGCAGACGAGGUGGGCUCAAGAGCCUCAAAGCCCUUUUUCUUGCUGGAGAGCGGUUCGAGCCAGCUAUCAUUAACAUGUACCAGGACUUGCUCAGGCGGUAUGGCGCGGCAGGCUCCCAGGUUGUUGAUAACUGGUGGUCGUCAGAAUCUGGCUCGCCGAUUUCGGGUGUUGCGUUGGUUCCGCACGCAGGCAAGAACAGGAAGACGAAUGUGAAAGAUCAUCCGCCAUUACCUAUCAAGCCCGGGAGUGCCGGAAAGGCCAUGCCUGGGUUUGAUGUCAGAGUUGUGGAUGACGAAGGCAACGAGGUGCCCCGGGGCAACAUGGGAAACAUCGUUCUGGGCCUUCCACUGGCACCUACUGCGUUUCGGACACUUUGGGGGGAUGAGGAACGAUUCUACAAGAGUUACAUGAUUCGCUUCAAUGGCAAGUGGGUUGACACUGGCGAUGCCGGCUAUGUCGACCAAACAGGGUACAUUCACAUUAUGGCACGCACUGAUGACAUUAUCAACGUUGCCGCCCAUCGUCUUAGCACAGGCACGCUCGAGCAAGCAGUCACAAGCCACCCCCUCGUCACCGAAGCAUGCGUGGUUAGCGUCCCCGACGCCCCCAAAGGCCAGCUUCCUUUCGCCUUCAUCAGCACCUCGGACGGCGGCGCCGACGUCAAGUCAGACGAGCAGCUGUUCCAGGAUAUCCAGAAGCUCGUCCGUGCCCAGGUUGGUGCCAUCGCCUCGCUAGGCGGGAUGAUCCGGGGCAAGGGCAUGAUUCCGAAGACGCGCUCGGGGAAGACCUUGAGGAGAGUCCUACGCGAACUGCUGGAAAAUGCGGUCCAUGACGAGUUCGACAAGCCCGUCAAUAUCCCCUCGACGGUGGAGGACCCGAGCGUAGUGGAUGUGGCGAGGGAGAAGAUUAGGGAAUAUUGGCAUGCGAAGAGCGGGUUGCAUGCGGCUAUUGAGGCUAGGGCGAAGCUUUGAAAGGCAUGUAGUCACGUAGAAGACAUUGUUAAGCGUGUAUUUGCUUCAUGAUGAGAGAUACUUGCCCACUUUUUCACACAACUUAGGGUAGAGUCUAUGUAGGUCAGAGGCAGUGAGCUUGGAAAGCAGAGUUGAUGAUUUU